AGACAGCGGUGACAUCAACUCCAACACAACACCAAACGGGCUUAUAACGGUAGCUAGCUGGCUCUCUCUGCGACUUACUCCGUCCUCUUCCCGCUCUCUCCCGCUCACAGAGAUAAGUGGCAAGAGAAGGAAAUAAAUCGCCAUGCCAUGGCUGUUCUGGUCAUCCGGAUCGCAGCGGCAGAUGUCCAGUAAUGAAAACAACACCGACAAAACCACUCCGAUAGUGGGAGAAACCAAUUCCUCGUCCUCCUCCACUCAAUGCGCCAACUGCUCUACUCCCAUCACCACCCCUCCUACAGAUACCUCCAACCAAGUAAAUCCCCCACACCAAACCCAUCGCCCACCCGCACUAGACUGGAACGCCUCUCUCGCCACCCGCGACUGGGCCGGUGACUUCAAAGAUCCCCGCAACCUCAUACCCACCCUCCUUCUCACCAGUGGCAUCCUAUUCUGCGUGCGGAUCCACCGCAAGUACCUGCGCCGCAUCCCCGUCGCGACCAGCAUCUCACCAACCUACUUCCAUAAACGCAGUAUAUUCGGGCGUGUCACGAGCGUGGGUGAUGGGGAUAAUUUCCGCUUGUUCCAUACCCCGGGCGGCCGGCUGGCUGGGUGGGAAUGGUUGCCGUUUCGCAAAGUGCCGACGGCGAAGAAGGAGUUGAAGGAUCGGACUAUCCACAUCCGCCUCGCAGGGGUCGACGCCCCCGAGCUCCCUCACUUCGGCCGCCCAGCCCAACCCUACUCCGACGCCGCCCACACCUGGCUAACAACCUACCUCCUCAACCGGCGCGUGCGCGCCUACGUCUACCGGCAGGACCAAUACGGCCGCGUCGUCGCCACCGUGUACGUGCGCCGGUGGCCAUUCCCCUUCAUCCGGCGCGAUGUGGGCUUGCAGAUGCUACGCGCGGGGCUAGCGCCGGUUAAUGAGGCGAAGACCGGGGUGGAUUUUGGCGGCGAGGGGACAGGGAGAAGAUUACCGCCGCGGGGAGGAAAGGGCGAAGAGCCUCCGGAGGGGGAUUUGGAAGGGGAAGGGGGUUUUAGGGGGGGAGAGUCCUAG